AUGACGUCCUAUGACUUGAAGCAAUUAACACGUCCCCGGUCAUAUGAGCUUGAGGAACGCUCAUCAUAUCAAAAUGCGGAUGACAUCCAUUUGACCCGUUUAGGAAAGCGUCCAGUCUUGAAGCGAAACUUUGGGGUGAUGUCGAUGCUGGGAUUCAGCUGCACCAUUCUGAUCACAUGGGAGUCUGUAACGACCGGUGGUCCUGCUGGCAGUGUCUAUGGGUACAUAUUCGUCUGGGUUGGUAUCGCUGCGACAUUUGUAGUAAUCUCGGAGCUUGUGUCGAUGGCACCAACAUCAGGAGGACAGUACCACUGGUGCUCAAUGCUCGCACCUCAAUCCGCAAUGAGAAUUUUCAGCUACAUCACAGGCUGGCUUACGGUAAUCGGCUGGCAGGCAACUUAUGCGACCGUCUGCUACCUGGGUGGCAACUAUAUCGAGACGCUGGUGACGCUCACUAAUCCAUCCUACGAGCCUAAAAUAUGGCGGCAGGUGUUGAUCGGUUAUGCGAUUGCACUUUUCGGUUUCAUCAUCAACAUUGCUGGAGGAAAGGUAUUGCCGCGAUUUGAAGGUGCAAUUCUAGUCCUCCAUAUUUUGGGCUUCUUUGCUAUUCUAAUUCCGAUGGUCUACAUGGCCAACCAUAAUACCGCCGAGCUAGUUUUCACCCAGUUUCUGAAUGAAGGUCAAUGGCCCUCUCAGGGUCUUUCGUUCUUUGUUGGCCUGAUUGGACCUGUCUUUGCUUUUGCAGGGGGUGAUGCUGCAGUACAUCUAUCUGAAGAAAUCACUAAUGCCACAGUGGCUGUGCCCUUGUCGUUAAUGCUCACGGUGCUAAUCAAUGGCACCCUUGGCUUCAGCAUGCUAAUCGCAUUGCUCUUUUGCGUCGAGGAUAUCACGGGAGCUCUCGAGGCCCGAGUCCCCUUCCUGACUAUAUUCCACCAGGCCACGGGGUCGGUAGCGGGCACGGCCGCUGCAGGCGCCAUUAUCGUUGCAAUGGGUAGUUGCUCCUCGGCCGGUAUGCUGGCCUCGACAUCACGGCAAUUCUGGUCCUUUGCGCGUGACCGGGGUAUCCCUGGAUGGCGAGUGUGGACGAAGGUCACUGCUCGUACCGCAAUUCCAGCAUACGCAGUCACACUAACCACCGCCAUUACCUGGCUUCUGAGCCUUAUUGGUAUUGGCUCUGACCUGGCAUUCAAUGACUUGAUGUCCUUAUCCACCUCGGGCUUGUUCUCAUCAUAUCUGGUUGUGGCCGGCCUUUUGCUCUGGCGACGCUGUACGGGUGGAAUCAGUGGGUCCACGAGUGAACAUACUAUGAUCAAUACAGCCGGAGCCAGCUUGUCUGGGGUCCUUUUCAUGUCCCGGGGGUUUGGGGCAUCCUGA